AUGUCGAAUGCUACCAAUCCCAGUCCUUCUCACGAUCCCUCCUCCGCUACCUCCAAUGGGGUGCCUCCGACCGGAAAGCCUAGGCCGGAUGGGGCCCACGACUCCUCGCUGAUGCCCCCGUCCAAGACCGUGGCUGGUCGAGCGCUAGGGAACGAACUGCAUUCCGAAAGCCUCAAACCCCCGUCGGCGAACGAGGGCGUGGGGAUCGCCUUGACGGAUACUCCGGUUUCUACCGCUCCGUCGUCUCCGCAGAUUAAUGCCAGCAACCAGGCCUCCACGCCGGGCUCGGGCCGUCUGCGUGCCACCACGCUGGACAUCCCCGGUCUCACCAAAUCCAAAGUAUCUCCCGAUGGCCGUAUCGCCCAGCGGGAUCUCGGCUCGAAGCUGGUGGUUGUAAUGGUCGGUCUGCCCGCGCGCGGCAAGAGUUACGUCACCAAGAAGCUGGCCCGCUAUCUCAACUGGCUGCAACACGAUACCGAGAUCUUCAACGUCGGUGAACGGCGUCGCGUGGCGGCCGGCAAGUCCCCCACCCCGGCCAAGCCGCGCGACCACCGGAAAAGCUCCGUGCACAAGGAUCUCAUCGAUUCCGUGCGUCGCCUGAGUGUGAGCGUCAACAGUAAGAACCGCGCGCCGUCCCGCCGCCAGACCUCCCCGCCCGAGAUCGAUCCACAACGCGCCUCGAUUCCCUUCGCCCAGGCGAAGAUCCUGGUCAACGGCAAAGAGGCCGAAGUUGAAGAAGAAGCCGUCUCCGCAGAGCCCAGCAACGUCCUACCGCCGACGGGCGGGGCAGCUCCCGAGCGCAUGGAGAGCCCAGAAGGCAUGGACGGUCCUCCCGAGCCCAUCGAGCAGUCCGCCGAAUUCUUCGACCCCAACAAUCAGGAUGCCGUGCGGGUGCGCGAGUUGGUGGCCCUCGACACGCUGGACGAGCUCUUGGACUACGUCAUGGAUCAGGGCGGCAGCGUGGGCAUCCUGGAUGCCACCAACAGCACCAUGGAGCGUCGCAAGGCGAUCGUCGAUCACAUUCGGGAGCGCGCGGGUCCUCAGCUGAACAUCCUCUUCCUCGAGAGCAGCUGCGUGGAUCCGGAGUUGCUGGAGGGGAACAUGCGCUUGAAGCUGUCGGGUCCCGACUACCGAGACAAGGACCCGGUCAAGGCCCUGGAAGACUUCAAAAAGCGUGUCCAACUGUACGAGAAGUCGUACGUGCCGCUCGGCGAAUACGAGGAACGCCACAAUAUGGCGUAUAUCCAGAUGAUCGACGUGGGUCGCAAGGUCGUCUCGCAUCAGACCCACGGCUUCCUCUCGUCCCAGAUUGUCUACUACUUGCUGAACUUCAACCUCUCGCCGCGUCAGCUCUGGAUCACCCGGCAUGGGGAGAGCAACGACAACCAGGCCGGUCGCAUCGGUGGCGACUCCGAGAUGAGCGAGAACGGCCAUCGGUACGGAAAGGCGCUGAGCCGCUUCAUCGACUCCAAACGCAAGGAAUGGGAGUCCCACCAACGGCAAAAGGAAGCCAUGCAGCAAUUCCCCCCGCGCCCCGGCGACAGCACGCCCCCCAAUCCGUCGUACAUCCCGCGCGACCAGCCUCGCAAUUUCUGCGUCUGGUCGUCGAUGUUGAAGCGGUCGAUCCAGACGGUGGAUUACUUCAACGAGGAAGACUACGACGUCAAGCAGAUGAAGAUGCUCGACGAGCUCUACGCCGGCAAGAUGGAGGACAUGACCUACGAGGAGAUCCGCGAGAAGUACCCGGAGGAGUACGCGGCGCGGAAGAAGAACAAGCUCUUCUACCGGUAUCCCGGCCCCGGCGGCGAGGGAUACCUGGACGUCAUCAACCGGCUGCGGGCGGUGAUCAUCGAGGUGGAGCGCACGACGGACCACGUGCUCCUCGUCACUCACCGGUCAUGUUCCCGUGUGCUGCUGGCGUACUUCCUGGGCCUCAAGCGCGACGAGGUGGCCGACUUGGACGUGCCGUUGGGUAUGCUGUACAUGUUGGAGCCGAAGCCGUAUGGGGUGGAGUUCCGCGCGUACCGCUACAAUCCCGACAAGGACUGGUUUGACUAUAUUCCGGGCUUCAAGCUUCGCCAGUCGAGUGCUUAUUAA